UAAUUUGCAACCCGAAAUUUUUGCCCUCAUUUUCUCGAGAAAAUAAAUUUUUAUUCAUGACACUGAGAUUCUGUUCUAACAAUUUACUCUCACUUCAAUUUUUUCCCUUCUCAUUGUUUGUUUCCAUUGAUCUCCCUGCAUCAGCGUCCUGGAUAACGCGUUGACCUUACUUAGACUUGUUCCUCCAAUUCGAAGUUUUGAUCUUUUUCAGAUUUCGAUAUUGGAACAUGUUUUUCAGUCAAAUGGGUCUCUUUCAAGUCUUCACAUUGUUCUAAAUAUUUUCUGGGUUGGAAUUUUGCUUUUGUUUGUGUCUGUUUGUGUGAUUGGUGGUGGAUAUGGAUUCCAAGGAUGUUAAUGGUUGCAUCAUGGAUAAACACAAACCUGUGGUGGCUUCUUCUUUGCGGAGUGAAAAGGUUGAAGAUCAUGUCAACGGAGAUGAUGACAGCGACUCCAAUUCUUUGUUGCCUCCUCGGAGAGGCGGCAUGUCCAGAAACUCUGACAAGACUCGCCGGAGUGUGCAAUGGAAUGAUAGGAAUGGGAAUAAACUUGCCGAGGUGUUGGAAUAUGAGCCUAGUGAUGCCAGUGAUUCAGAAGAUGAGGAUUCAGAUUCUUGCAUCUGCACAAUAAUGUAGAAACCAUCUUGAUAAUUGUCUCAAACUCUGCUGGAUCAGGGGGCAUUACUGUGGCAUGCCAGCCCUGACUUUGACCAAAACUUGACAACUCAGCAGGUUUGAUCUGUGUUUUGAGGUGGGACCAACAGUCCAAUAAACCUAGACAAGCAGCUUCUCAUGUCUACCUAGUGUAUCCAUUUCACCUUCACUGGGUUUUGAGAUGAUUUCAUAUAUGGACUUUGGAGUGAGUUCUCGGAUGUAGAUCAAGUACACAUGAUAGAAAUGUGAGUGGUGAUAGCUCUGCACUAAACUUUAAUCACCGUUUUCUAGUUGAAGAGGAGGCACCUUUAUUAAAUAUUUCCUUGUUUUUUUGUUCCCCAAUGUAUGGAAUAAAUUUCAUGAUUUGGGUAUUCAUUCUCAAAUAAUUAUGCUGAAACAGUCCUUGUGUACUGCUUUCCCUUUGCUGUCGAAAUUAGAAUAAGCAUUUAUAUUCAGUUCUA